AUGCCGCAAGACUACAACGGCUUCGAGUACUUCAACGUCACCUUUCCAUCCGAAUAUGUCGCCCAGGUCGAAGUCGACAGGCCCAAAAAGCUCAAUGCCUUUACAGAGGCCAUGUUCCACAGCAUAGGAAGCAUCUUCGAUCGCUUAUCCCAUGACCCGGACGUUCGCGUGAUCAUCUUGUCUGGCAACGGCGACCGGGCAUUCACCGCUGGCCUGGACGUCCAAGCCGCAUCCGAGGGCGGCAACAUCUCGAACAAGGACAUCACAGACGUAGCACGCAAGGCUACUCGGAUACGGCGACAUAUUCAGGAGAUCCAGGACUGCGUGACCGCGAUCGAGAAGUGCGAGAAGCCGGUCAUUGUGGUGAUGCAUGGCAUUUCCUACGGCCUUGGGAUUGACAUGGCGAGUUGUUGCGACAUCCGGAUCUGUGCGAAGGACACUCGCUUUUCCGUACGAGAGGUGGAGAUAGGACUGGCUGCGGAUGUUGGGACGCUGAGUCGCCUACCCAACUCUGGUGUCUCGAUGUCGUUCGUGAAGGACGUGGCGCUUACGGCUCGAGACUUCAGCGCACAGGAAGCGCUGCAAGUGGGCUUUGUGUCAGGCGUGUACGAUGAUAAGAAGGCAGCGGUGGGACGUGCGUUGGAGUUGGGAACGUUGAUCGCGAAGAAGAGCCCGGUAGCUGUGCAGGCGACGAAGGAUGUGAUCAACUUUUCAAGAGACCACACUGUCGCGGACGGACUCACGUAUGUCAAGGUACUGAAUUCGUCAAUGGUGCAGACGAAGGACGUCGAAGACUCCAUGUUGGCUGGUAUCAAGAAGACGAAACCCACUUUUGCAAAGCUCUAG